AGCAGAGAUUCCACGGAGGAGCGGAGACCCACAGCCUGCUGCUUCCACCGAAAGCGAGCCUCCUCAGCCUCUGGAUAUACACGCCACGGGAGUUUUUGUUGUCUCUCUUUUUGAUGAGGAUAAAGGCAACGGGAAAAUCGUGAAAAGGGGCUACUCCUUGGGUUUAUUCUCCCUCCCACCCUAGCCGAGGUCGUCUAGCUGGAGCGAGCUGGAGACCCAUUCUCCUGCGUGGCACAAGUCUGGUGUUUUCUUUCAGCUGCAAAUCCCGGCUGACGGCGGAGAUAAGUCCGAGCUGAGGAGCUGGAAAAUCGGUUUUAAAAACGACUUCUUACCGCUGGGGAUCGACAGCCUGUGCUAGUUGAAUGGCAUAAGCAAAAAAGGGGGGUUUCAUUCAUUUUCAGCCUCCCAGCCACCACCCCUGUGGAUCUGGACGUGUUUUCAGCUCCUCUCCUCCCUUCACACACAGGCAUUCAGGCGAGCGACACUGGCGUUGAUCUAUAAUGCUGAUACAGGCUGUUAAUAGUCCAUUUUAAAUAUAAUAUAUUUGACUGGAAACGCCGGGCCUGAACGCACUGUACGCGCACUGCUGUUUUCAAGAGAUGGAGACUGAAGAUGGGGAUUACCAUCAUUUAUCCAGUAAAAUCACUGGCUUGUUUGCCAUAUCAGCCGACGUCAAAGUAUCCUGUGAUUGGCAAAAAUAGCAGACUGUUUUAGCAUUUUUGUUGCUCAAAGAAAUUGCCUGUUCUUACAAUUUAUACACAUUCAAUUACACGCAUUUUUAGAGCAAAUCAGCGUACACGCACAGACCACGCAUUUGGAGCGAGGCUACCACAGAAUAGCCCUUUGGGCUUCAUUUAUUUACCCCAGUUCUCUGUUUUGAAUCACCUAUUUUUAAAGAAGGUGUGUUUUAUUUGGUCCCUGCCUUUUUUGGGAUUUUUUUGGGGGAGUCGAAUAAUGUUAAGGAACAUGAGACCUGACACACCGUCCUUGUUUUGGGGUCUGAUGCUGUCUGUCUCCACCAUCUGCAUCUGGUCCACACAUGGAGAGAUUUGUGGUCCGAGUAUCGACAUCCGGAAUGAGAUCAGCGAGUUCAAGCGUCUGGAGAACUGCACGGUGGUGGAGGGCUACCUGCAGAUCCUCCUCAUCAUCGAAAAGUCCAACAGCAUGCACCAGGAAGUCUUUCGCUCCCUCAGCUUCCCAAAGCUGACCGUCAUCACUGACUACCUUCUGCUGUUUCGAGUCACGGGCCUGGAGAGCCUCAGCACGCUCUUCCCCAACCUGAGCGUCAUCCGUGGGCGAAACCUCUUCUACAGCUACGCCUUGGUGAUCUAUGAGAUGACAAGUCUGAAGGACAUCGGCCUGUACAACCUGAGGAACAUCACCCGAGGAGCCAUGCGGAUUGAGAAGAACCCCGAGCUCUGCUACCUGGACUCAGUGGACUGGUCUCUCAUUAUGGAUGCCGUGGUUAACAAUGUUAUCAAUGAGAAUAAGAAAUCAAAGGAGUGCGACAAUGUGUGCCCAGGCAUCAUGGAGGAUAACCCUCUUUGUCAGAGGACGUUAAUCAAUGACAAAUCCGACUACCGCUGCUGGACGUCCACACAGUGCCAGAAAGUUUGUCCGAGUCACUGCAAGCUGGCCUGCACAGACAGAGGAGAGUGCUGCCACAGUCAGUGCCUGGGCAGCUGUACUGAACCGAACAACGACAUGGCCUGCUCCGCCUGCCUCCACUACCACCACGCAGGCCGCUGCGUGCCGGACUGUCCCCCUGACACCUUCAAGUUUGAGGGCUGGCAGUGCAUCACCAUGGACGUGUGCUCCCAAGUACACCUGCCAGGCGACAAUCACUUUGUGAUCCACAGGGGAGAGUGUAUGCCCGACUGCCCACCUGGCUUCACCCGCAAUGAGACCAAUCGCAUGCUAUGCAGUGCCUGCAUUGGCCCGUGUGAUAAACCCUGCACCACCUCCGUCAUUGACUCUGUGGAUGCUGCUCAGCUUCUCAAAGAGUGCACUGUAAUCGAAGGCAACCUGGACAUCAACCUCCGUAGAGGAAAUAACAUAGCGUCUGAGCUGGAAAGCUUCAUGGGAUUGAUCCAAACAGUGACGGGCUAUGUGAAGAUCCGACACUCCCACGCACUUGGCUCGCUGUCCUUUCUCAAGAGCCUGCGUUACAUCAAUGGGCAGGAACUCAUCGACAACAUGUACGCGUUCUCGGCUAUUGACAACCAGAACUUGCAGUACCUGUGGGACUGGAAUCAACACAAUCUGACGAUCCUGAACGGGCGUCUCUUCUUCCGUCUGAACCCCAAGCUCUGCAUGUCUGAGAUUCACAAGAUGUGGGAUAAGACGGGCAUCACUGUGAAGCCAGAGGAAGGAGAUUUCCGUAAUAAUGGUGAAAGAGCAAGCUGUGAAAGUCACAUUUUAAAAUUUAAGUCUAACAUCACAACCAGCCACACAAUCAAGAUGACAUGGGAGCGCUACCGGCCACCGGACUACAGAGACCUGAUCAGCUUCAUCGUCUACUACAAAGAGUCCCCUUUUCAAAACAUCACAGAGUUUGACGGCCAGGACGGCUGUGGCUCCAACAGCUGGCAUAUGGUGGAUGUGGAUCUCCCUCAGGAUAAAAACGCGGACCCAAAAGUCAGUCUACAACACCUUAAACCCUGGACCCAGUACGCUAUUAUUGUGAAGGCCAUUACUCUUCAGGUGGAUCACAAACACAUCAAUGGGGCUAAAAGCGAGAUCGUCUAUAUUCGUACUCGUCCAUCAUUGCCAUCCAUGCCAAAAGAUCCCCGUGCAUUUGCAAACUCCUCCACCAAGCUGAUUGUGAAGUGGAUGCCUCCAGCCUUCCCCAACGGCAACCUGACAUACUACUUGAUCCGCUGGCAGCGACAGCCUGAAGACAGAGAGCUCUAUCACCAUAACUACUGCUCAAAAGAGCUGAAGAUCCCGAUCCGCAUCCCAGCUAAGGGGCUCACAGACAUGGAUGACAACACCAAGCCCACCAAGUCUGACCUGGCAGGGCCAGAGAAGAGUCAGUGUUGUGCUUGCCAGAGUACACCAGAACAGAUAGCCCGAGCUGGGGACGACCGCGUCUUCUUUAAACUUUUUGAGAACUUUCUUCACAAUGCCAUCUUCCUGCCAAGACCUCCAGAUCGCAAAAGGAGAGAUGUUUUCGGCGUGGCUAACAACACACUGAUGAAUGGAGGGAACGCCACCUUUGGGGAUAACAGUACGGAUGGAAUCCCUCCAGUUAAAGAAUAUCCGUUCUCAGAGGAGAAAAGUGAAGCCGAAUAUUUAGAGAUCCCAAAUCUGCGACCUUUCACUGUGUACCGUAUCGACCUCCAUGCUUGCAAUGAAGAGGUGGGCCGCUGCAGCGCCGGGGCCUUCGUCUUCUCCAGAACCAAACCUGCAGUCAGGGCAGAUGAUAUCCCUGGAAAGGUGACCUAUGAGAGGAGCGAGAAGGUGGAGGGUUGCGUGGUGCUCCACUGGAAGGAGCCUGUCAUGCCAAACGGAGUCAUUCUGAUGUAUGAGAUCAAGUUCCGUCUGGGGACAGAGCCUGAGAAACAUGAGUGUGUGUCACGACAGCAUUUCCGUGAACACAGAGGAGCUCGACUGACCAACCUAGGCUCUGGGAAUUAUUCUGCACGUAUACGUGCCACUUCGCUUGCAGGAAACGGCUCCUGGACAGAAAGCGUGUUCUUCUAUGUGCCUCCUCCAAUAAGAGAUGAUGGUGUUACAUUCUACUUGGUCAUCAUUAUUCCCAUCAUAGCGACACUCUUUAUUGCCAGCCUCACCACCAUCCUCUUCUUUGUCAACAAAAAGAGGAACAGUGACAGAUUGGGAAAUGGUGUCCUUUAUGCAUCUGUCAACCCAGAAUACUUUAGUGCUGCAGAGAUGUACGUCCCUGAUGAGUGGGAGGUGCCUAGAGAGAAGAUCACUAUGCACAAGGAGCUUGGUCAGGGCUCCUUUGGCAUGGUGUAUGAAGGAAUCGCCAAAGGAGUGGUCAAGGAUGAACCUGAGACAAGAGUGGCAAUCAAAACGGUGAACGAGUCCGCCAGCAUGAGAGAGCGCAUUGAGUUUUUGAACGAAGCCUCAGUCAUGAAGGAGUUCAACUGUCACCAUGUGGUGCGGCUGCUAGGUGUGGUCUCUCAGGGACAGCCAACCUUAGUGAUCAUGGAGCUAAUGACCCGUGGAGAUCUCAAGAGCUACCUGCGCUCCCUGCGCAAAGAAAACUCCACCAGCCAGGUCCUACCCCCACUCAAAAAGAUGAUCCAGAUGGCAGGGGAAAUCGCUGAUGGCAUGUCGUACCUAAACGCCAACAAAUUUGUCCACAGAGAUCUGGCUGCCAGGAACUGCAUGGUCGCAGAGGACUUCACUGUGAAGAUUGGAGAUUUUGGCAUGACGAGAGAUAUUUACGAGACGGAUUACUACCGAAAAGGAGGGAAGGGCCUGCUGCCCGUUCGUUGGAUGUCUCCAGAGUCACUGAAAGAUGGCGUGUUCACUACAAUGUCUGAUGUUUGGUCAUUUGGAGUGGUGCUGUGGGAGAUCGCUACUUUAGCAGAACAGCCAUACCAGGGCAUGUCAAACGAACAAGUGCUGCGCUUUGUCAUGGAGGGAGGACUCUUGGACAAACCUGAAAACUGCCCCGACAUGCUGUUCGAGCUGAUGAGGAUGUGCUGGCAAUAUAACCCCAAGAUGCGUCCGUCCUUCCUGGAGAUCAUCAGCAGCAUCAAAGAUGAACUGGAUCCUCCCUUUAGGGAAGUGAGCUUCUUCUACAGCGAGGAGAACAAACCGCCAGACACCGAGGAGCUGGACAUGGAGGUAGAAAACAUGGAGAACAUUCCACUGGACCCUGCAUCCACCAGGCAGCCCUAUGCAGCUGCCGCUCCGUUAUCAUGUUGUACAGGAGGGACACCGCCUCCUUCCACACAGCAGUUAUCCCCCAUGCAAGGCCCAAGUACUCCAUUACUGGGACCUGUAUCUCCCUCCUCCCCGGGCCCAGUCACCUCAGGUUUGGCGUCUCCAGGCCAAGCAUUGGACAAGCACUCAGGACAUGUUUCGGCCAACGGGCCUGUGGUGGUGCUGCGGCCCAACUUUGACGAGAUACAACCCUAUGCACACAUGAACGGGGGCAGAAAAAAUGAACGUGCAUUACCACUGCCCCAGUCGUCGGCCUGCUGAUAUCAGACCAUCCCCCCUUCCUU